AUGCUGUUCGCUGAAACCACACAUGAGAUGACCGAUAAUCUCAUUCUCACAACUGUGGAAAGUUCAAUUGACGGUCUCUACACGCCUGAAGGUCAUUUCUUGACAGAAAACAUAAUCGACGAGCUUUGCGACUCUGGGAAUGACACGCAAGUGCUAUGCACAUGCAUCAACCCCAUUGUGAACUGGUGCUUGAGGUCUGGUUAUAUGCCACUAUACACAACAGCUUUCCAGAAAACACCCAUAACUGUAGUGCAUGUACUUGUAGAGUAUCUUGCAAAGAAGUACCAAGGCUCAGAAGAUUCCAUCGAUUGGAAAGAAUGGCUUGACGAUAUCACAAAGAAGCCUAUCGGGCGAUUUGGAAUAUCAUAUCGCAACUUUUCCCGUACUAUCCUGGCUGUCAGUCCACCUGUAUGGAAAUCUUUUGAUGCAUGGUCGGAGACAAUAAUGGACGAGAAACUAGACUCAGAGCUCAGUUGGGAGUAUAAGGAUCUAGAAAUGAUCCUCGACUUAAUCCGGCUCCGCUGCGACAAUACUCACUGGAUUGUCAACAGGCUGCUUCCCAGAGUUGCGUCUGGGUAUCACAACGAGGGCCACAGCGCACUCUUGAUCCAGCUUCUGUUCCACAUUUACCAGUUCAGAAAGGAACCACAAUUGAAACAUGCAAAGGCAAUGUUCGAAAGCAUUAUAAAUCACAGCGAUGGUAAACUCAACUUCUCGCCUGAUAGGCUUGAGCCUACGGAAGAAGCUUGGUUGGUUCAGACUCCAAGGCAUGAUAUGAUCUGCGGCCCUUUUGUUCGGCUCACUACUGAGUGCCACGCUAUUGGAGCAUUUGUAGAAGCUUCCCGGAUACUUAAAGAGACAUUUUCUCUCUUUGUCACAGAGAAGGUGAAGUGGAUUCUUGUCAAAGAUCCAUUCGGUCUUAUCUUUUGCUUGAUCACCCCCCUCAUUCGAUUGUCCGCGGACGGCCUAUGGAGGAAGGAUUGUGCUGAACUGGAUCGGUUCUUGGCUUCGCCUCAGGAUACCGUCUGGGAGUUCAACGCAUCAAAGACUCGAAGAUUGCAUAUCGAGCAUGCUAUUGGGGUAGAAGAGUCGCUCCAAGCUUUAAUAGUAUUGAAUCAGACAACCGGCACGUGUGAGAAACUCAGGGUGACCAAGACGGCAGCCCAGGCUCAACCUGACUUGCGAAGCUUGGUUUUCCAACUACAGCGGCUUAGAGAAGGUUCUUCAACCUCUCCGGGGGCAUUUCAUGAGGAAGUGUCUUAUUAUUGUUCAAUCGCUACGUUCAAUUUUACCAGCAGGAAGGUCUCUGCAUUCAUCCGUGGCUUGUGGCAGCUGUUAUCCAAACAUUGCACACGCCACGGCAGGGACAGUGCAACGGCCAUUUCCAGCGGGCAGGCAUUUAAAGUCAAACCUGUCCAUCAUUUUCUUGACAAGAUAAACCUACUCCUCGCAACUCCACAAUAUUACCAGAACGUCAACAAAAACCCAAGCCAGACCGAACUGGCGAGUUAG